CAGGCGUCGCCUCUGUCAGUGGCUAUCGUAGCUCAUACCCACCAGCGUGUGAAUGGAUGAAUGACUGAUGGUGCUGUGAAGCACCUUGGGGUGCUGUGAAGCACCUUGGAGUGUUGUAGAACCCUACGAAGGCGCUUUAAAAAUGCAGGCCACGACUUUUUAUUCUUGCAGCAUCAUAGCCUUCUGUCUCUGUCAUAUUGUUAUGAGUUCUUGAAAAACUGUCAUUUUUGUGCACCAGAAUCAAGACUGAAACCAUCCACUCAGGUUAUAGUGAUGUCAUUUCCUGCAGCAAAAAUGCAGGAAAGUCCCUGAAAUUAACCCUAUUGGUGUCAUUCACUAUGUCACUGAUCACAACAACUUGCAUUUCUCCAAUGGCAGUAAAAUUUCUAAAAUAUCAACAAGCUCUUAAUGGUUAGCAUCAGUGCUAAUUAUUUAGCAUUUACUUGCAAUGGUCUAGCAUUUUAUUGAUAACACAGGACAUCUACAGCAAUAUCUGCAAUACUUGCAGUGCUGGUCCUGAUUCAAUAUAAUUGUCCAGGAUUGAAAACCAAUACAGAUUAUUCCAUUAGCCCUGUUUUUGUAAGGUGGUGGAAGGUUUAUGAUUUGGGCAUGCUACUUUAGGACUCUGAAGAAAGUGAUUAAUUAAAUGCAUCAAAGAGUUUGGACAGAAAUACUUAUUUGGUACAAUUGCUGUGAUAAAGCGUUGUUUAUUCUUCUAAAACGAAUACUUUUGUAGAAUUUUCUUUCAAUGGAAUCUUUUUAUACUACAACGUUGAUGUUAUGGCUGAAAUUUUGUGAUUCAGUCAGUUGAUUUAUGUUUUAUAUUUUAACUAUAUGGAAGUUGUUUUUCCUGCAAAUUAGUGCACUUCCCCUGGAAACACCUGAACUAAUCAGAUGUUUUUCCAUUUCAUUAUUCACCAUCUCCUCCAUUAACCAAAGACCACACAGAAGGUCAAAUCUGAACUUUUUGUUAACUCAGGUUUGCUUGGCCAUCGAUGUUUUACAGUUAUUCAGAUUCAAAAACAAGAUGUUUGUUUAUUCUUGUGAUGGAGACCCCAAAUAUUUUCUUUAAUAACACACCACAGUAAUAAAGGAGAAAAACCUGCCUGUUUUUAUCUGAUAAAUGAGAUUUGAAGCCCUGUGACAUGACAUACAGAAAGAGUUUAGACUUUCCAUUUCACCCCUGACAUGCUAGAGAGGUUUUCGUAUCAGAAUAUAUAAAGUAAAUAUCAGCCUUUGUGAUGCCGGCUUCGGAUGUAAUAAAGGAAAUUCAUUUGUAUUCUGCUUGUUGAUGCACUCACAUCUCCUGUUCUUUGCAGCAGAGUCUCAGGCUGCAGAUGAAGAUGAAUCUAAGCCCAAGCCAAGGGUGUUUGCUCCGUCGAUUUCCAUUCCGAAGAUCCCUGAGGGAGAAAAGGUUGACUUUGAUGACAUCCACAGGAAACGUCAGGAGAAGGAUCUGACCGAGCUGCAGUUUCUGAUCGAGGCCCACUUCAUUCAGAGAAAGAAGGACGAGGAGGAGCUCAUCGCUCUUGUUAACAGGAUUGAGAAGCGUCGUGCUGAGAGGGCUGAGCAGCAGAGGAUCCGCACUGAGCAGGAGAAGGAGAGGCAGGCUCGACUUGCUGAGGAAAAGGAGAGGAAGGAGCAAGAGGAGGCUCGUAAGAAGCAGGACGAGGAUGCCAAGAAGAAGAAAGCUCUGACAAACAUGACUCAGCAGUAUGCGGGUGUCCAGCAAAAGGAUGGGAAGAGAGGAGCCAAAAGGCAAACAGAGAGGGAGAAGAAACGAAAGAUCCUGGCAGAGAGGAAGAAACCGCUCAACAUCGACCAUCUCAGUGAGGAGAAACUCAAGGAAAAGGCCAGUGAGCUUUGGCAGUGGAUGAUGGCAUUGGAGGCUGAGAAGUUUGACCUCACAGAGAAGCUGAAGAGACAGAAGUAUGAUAUCAAUCUGCUCCAGAAUCGCAUUCAGGCCUCCCAGAGCACCAAGGGAAGAGGGAAGGCCAAAGGCAGGCUGAGAUAGAUGGCGGCACCAUCAUGUUCUCAGAAGAGGAGUCCGAAUAUGAACAGCAGUGCUGAAUUUUCAAAUAAUAAAGUGCUUUUGUUAAGUGUA